GUAUUUUUGACAAUAUUAUCUAUAAAAAACUUUUAUCUAUAAUAGUAAAUAUCUAUUAAAAGUUGCACAAAUUGUUGAUAUAAAGAAAUCAUGUCGAUUAAACUGGACGACUUGCUGAACGAGAAGAAGGGCCCCGCCCCUGUGCUGGACUUGUGCCACGCGAGCCUCGCCUCCAGGAGCGACUUCGACGCCGUCCUCGCCAAGGUCCCGGAGUACAAAGUCCGGCCCGAGAAGGUCGACAUCGACUGGCGGAUGCUGACAACCGCGAGGCCGAAGUCGAAGCUCGAGGAGGAAGUUUUCUCCAGGUACGUGGAGAUGGGACGCCUGCAGCUCGCGCGCCAGAAGCUCGAGGAGGGGAAGGAGCAAACGUGGCGAACAGUAAAGGUGGUGCCUGGUCGUGGUGCUGUGGUGGAGGUGCGGUUGGCGGUGUGUGAGCAGUGCGGCGACGAGUUGUGCGCGGCCAGAUGUACAGACCAUCUGUACACCAGCUACCAGCGCCAGGACCAGGUACAGUCUGUACACCAGCUACCAGCGCCAGGACCAGGUACAGUCUGUACACCAGCUACCAGCGCCAGGACCAGGUACAGUCUGUACACCAGCUACCAGCGCCAGGACCAGCAACAGAGUGAGAACAAAGAGAAGGAGGGAAGAGGGGAAGGAGGCUCGGCAGCCGACGACGACGAUGAUACAGAAAAGAAGAUGAAGAGGAAGACAAAGCGGCGCAAGAAGAAGAAAAAAACGGCCAAAAUUGAUGCUGCAGAAUUGGACGAAUAA